UGAAUUGUGAACUAUAUGCCUGGACAUUGGUUGAAGGACAUGUUAGCUGAUACCUUAAUGUUAAAUGUGAACUAUAUACCUCUUAUUAAUGUUAAGUUUGGCUGUUAAGUGUUAAGGUUUAUAGCGUAACUGUUACAGUUCAUUGUUGCAUGUUAACUAUUGGAUGUUGGAUGUCAAGUGUUGUUGAUGUUAAAUGUUUAAUUAUAAUACAGGAAAAAGUCAGGUGCUGCUAAAAUUAGACCCACUGCAAGUUUCUCCGCAUAUUGUAAAUUUAUGAAAGUCCUCGAACCGAGAAUGCGGCAGUGUCAUUGGGAUGCAUACCAAGGGUGUACAUUCCAGCAUUAUGUAAAGUUUGGCCCCCCAGCAAAAGAUCGACCCACGCUGGAACUUGUAUUGAGACACUAUAAGGGUAAUGAAGUGGCGUUUUCUCUGCCCGAUGCCGAAAGUGGGAGAGAAAAGGUUGUUAAUUUUGAUUUGGACUGGGUGCAUGAACAUACAGGUUUCCCAAUUGAUGGGGAAAUAAUUUACAAUAAUAGAGAUCCUUACCCUAGGCUUUGGGUGGAGUAUUUUCAUAAACGUUUUACUAGAAAGGGAAAGAAAUCAGCGAAGAAUAUGCGGCGAUAUGUGGAAGAGCUACUGCAAUCUCUUGUUGAAUCAAGGAAGAAGAAGGAUAUUGAAGAUUUUGUGUUACUGCAGAUACUUUAUCAAUGUUCAUUGAUGUGGUGCCCUAGCAGUGUCCAAGGCAUCCCAAGGCUCUUGUUCAAAUAUGUUGAUUCAAUUGAAAGAGUGAGGAAUGUGGCCUGGGGGAAAUACAUCUAUGAUCAGACGAAGAAAGGAAUUAAGAUAGCCAGGGAAGGUCUGCACAGGUCAGGAAUAAGCUAUGUACCUGGAUGCAUGCCUUUGAUCCCUGUAAGUUGGAUUAAUCUGUGCAUGUGAACGCUUGCUUGUUUUCUGUCAACUUACGUCAAGAAACCAUUAAGGCUUACUGGUUCAUGUUAACUAUUCUAAGGAUCUUGUUAACUAUAUUUCGGUUCAUGUUAACUUUAGUGUUUCCAGUAUUAAAGUUGGUGUUGUCAGUGUUA